CAGGGUCCGGGGAGACCGGAUAUAGUGAAUGCAGGGUCCGGGGAGACCGGAUAUAGUGAAUGCAGGGUCCGGGGAGACCGGAUAUAGUGAAUGCAGGGUCCGGGGAGACCAGAUAUAGUGAAUGCAGGGUCCUGGGAGAGUAGAUAUAGUGAAUGCAGAUUCCGGGGAGAGCGGAUAUAGUGAAUGCAGGGUCCGGGGAGAGCGGAUAUAGUGAAUGCAGGGUCCGGGGAGACCGGAUAUAGUGAAUGCAGGGUCCGGGGUGCCUGCUGUGCUCCUUCAUCCAGAGUGGGGUCCUCUAAUACAGGUGGUGUGUUUACUGGCCAGACCAUCGGGUGUAAACAGAGGGGAAAAAAGAGACCUAAUGCA